CCCGUGUGUGUCCCCCCCCCAGAUGGCAGCACCCGGUACCGCCGCCGGGGGACCCUGAGCUGGAGCCCGGGGGGGGACCCGGUGCUGGCGCAGCGGCCGCUGAGCGAGGAGGAGCGCGGGGCACUGCGGGAGGUGGCGGCACGCGACGGGCUGUACCGGCUGCGGGUCCCCCGCGGGGACGGCUUCGUGUCCUCCUUCGUGCGGGCGUGUGCCCUGCUGGAGUCGCACCUCUCGGACCAGCUCAGCGUUCACCUGGACGUGGCCGGGCACUUGGUGGCCCUGGGGGCGGUGGCCUUGGGGACAUGUCGGGGCAGCGAGGUGGAGGACGUGGACCUGGAGCUCUUCAACACCUCGGUGGUCCUCAGGCAGCCCCUGCCCGCGGCCGUGUGAGUGACGG